AUGGUUAGUGCAGUGCAACAGUUCUUGAGUAAUGGUAAGCUCCUGCGAUCUUGGAAUGCUACCACAAUUACCCUUGUACCUAAGGUUUCCUGUCCCUCUAACCCAGGGGACUUUAGGCCUAUAUCAUGUUGCCACACUCUCUACAAGUGUAUAUCAAAACUCAUUUGUUCAGGACUGAAGCGUGUUUUGGGAGGCAUUAUUUGUCAGACACAGGGAGCUUUUGUUCAAGGGCGGAAUAUAAGUCAUAAACAUUCUCCUAUGCCAGGAUCUAGUGAAGCACUAUUCGAGAAAAAAUUGUUAUCCGAGUUGCUUGAUCAAAGUUGA